AUGUACGCACAACAGCCUCAGUGGCUCAAAUCCGUCUUUGAGGAGAGUGGUCCUCCACCAAAACUAUUUGCUUGGAGUCCUUCAAACGUUGGUCUCCAGAGCGACCGUCCGGCCAUUUCCACCAACGACCUGGAUCGUCGUAUCUUUGUCCUUGGAGUCGGGAAUCUGGGCCGACUUUUUGCAUCCUGCCUAGCUCAGGCCCCUGAAUCCCCGCCGGUCACUCUCGUGGUCCAUCGCAAGGAGCUUUUGACGGAAUGGGAUGCUGGCCAGGGCAUUGAGAUCUUGCGUUCUGGUGUCCUCGAGAAGAACAAGAACUUCGACAUCGAGUGGUGGACGGACGCCCAACCAGACCACGGUCCUGUGCGUGAGGUUUCAGAUGGUAUGAAGCUGGUGAACCUCAUUAUAACUACCAAGGCCACUGCGGCACUACCGCAGGUUGAUCGGCUCCGAGGAUAUCUCAACCAAAACAGCACCGUCGUGUUUGUCCAGAACGGCAUGUCCAAACUCUGGCCGCCUCAUGGACCUGCCUAUGCCUCCCAUCGGUACACAGCUGGCGAGGCCCCCAACUUCCUUGCCUGCGUCACGACACAUGGUGUCACCUCCCAAGGCCCAUUCAAAAGCCUUCACGCCUCACAGGCGGAUGUUGCCAUCGGGUCGGUCCUCCCAAACCAAGCUUCGAGUGAGGUGGCCAACUAUUUGGUGAGGCAGAUUCUCGAGGCACCCCAUCUUGACGGAAAGUCGGUUUCGCGGGCCGAGUUUUGGAUACUUCAACUCGAGAAGUUGGUUGUAAACGCCGUCAUCAAUCCGUUGACGGCCGUCCUGGGAUGCAAAAACGGUGCUCUGUUCACGGAAUCAGAUGGAGUUCUUGCGGGUGUAAUUGACCAACUCUUGUUCGAGGCCAGCCAAGUUCUUCAACUUCUCGUCAGCCAUGAAAGCAGCGCAGACAUCAUCAGAGAUACUCCCGCAGCCCAAGAUACCGCAACGUCCCUCGACGUAUCUCCACAGAGUCUGCAUGACAGAUUCUCGCAGCCGCGCCUGAAAGAGAUGGUGUACCGGGUGGGCCAUAAAGUCCGAGAAAACACCAGCUCCAUGCUGCAAGACUUCCGCACCGGCCGAUCAACCGAGAUCCGGGACUUCAACGGCUGGCUAGUCGAGACUGCAGCUUUCCUUGAUCCAAGCUUGGAUCUCGCGGGCCAUGGGACGCUGGUCGACCUUGUUGAAGCGGGCAGGACCCUGCGUGUCGAUCAACUCGGAAGUCAUUUCGACAAGUGCGGUGCACCGUUGUCCUGA